AUGCUUAGUACACUUGCUUUGAAGUAUUGCCAUCAGAUUCUGUUUGAUCUGGAAUUCUUGAUAAGAAAAGAAUUCAAGUUUAAAAAACUACCAACUAUUGUCAGAAUGUUGAUAAUACAACUAAUGGAUCCAGCUGAAAGGCUACAUUACAAUAAAGCGACACUAAUUGAAAACACAGCUCUAGCUAUCAACAAAAUGUCCGGUGUUUUUAAUAUGGACGGUCUCGAAAUGGUGUUCACCAAAGUAACUCCAAGUUUGAUACGUCUCAAAAAUAUAUUCUCCAAUGACACUUUCGAAUCAUCUUGGCUCAAAAUUACAUUGCAUGAAAUUGUAUUGAACUCAGAGAUUGUCAACAUCUUUUUGAAUAUGGCGGAUCGUCGUAAAGAGUUUUAUAUUUUUGAUUGUGACAUGCCACUGGAUUUCAAACAUGAGAAUGCUUUCAAAUUUGGAACCAUUUGUUACUUUGAUGCUCGAUGGGUCACUUUGAGUGACAUGCUGAACAUCAGAGCUGUGGAAAAUGUGACAUUGGGCGAGACUACACUAACUUCUAUUGAAGUGAGAUACUUCAUUUCCCGUUGGAUUAAUUGUCCAAGAGAUAUGUUCAAAUCGAUGACAAUCACAGCGAUGGAAAUUAUUCAGUUGGGAGGACUAUUCAACAAAUUGGUUGUGUUGGAGCAUGACAUGAAUCCUCCUAACAUUGGAUACUUCACACUUGCCAAGUCCACUUCGCGAGCCCACAAGCUAUUGUUUAUUGACUAUACAUUAAAUGCUGUGGUACUGUCUGCAUGGAAACCUUAUGAUAAUGCUGACAGAUAUGGAAAUAUCAAGGAAAAAUUCAAAAACGUUUAUGAGAUCAUGGAACUGUUGGAGAAGGAAAAAACAUUGGAAAAUGAAUUGGAGGAGUCAAGAGAUGUUACGAAACAGAGAGAAUACAGGGACCAAAUCCAGGAAUUGGAAAGAAAGAUUCAUGAGUUGGGAGUGGUUUAUCGAGAUGGAAGAGCUACUAUUUAA